AUGCGAUGCAGGUUUCCAACUCUUGACAAAAAGUUAGAAAAGUUCUUCGCAUGGUAUACUAGGCAUCUUCUAGUUGAUUAUUAUUAUGUCUUUCUAAUUGCACCUAUCAUUUUGACAGCCAUAUGUAGUGGUGGAUUUUAUUGGAUUAAAGAAUUAACACUUCUCGAUGCACGGAAGUUGUAUACACCGGUUUCAGCGCCAUCUUGGAGAGAGGAAGAAGUAUUUAGUGAGCUCUGGCCUGUAAAAUCAUACGAGUUUUUACCUGAAAGAACAUUUCAAUGGAACAGAUAUCUUUAUCUAGUUGUACACGGAAGACCUUUUGAGAAUGGGAGUUAUCCAAAUCUUCUGGAAGGAUCUUACCUAGAUGACAUAGCCAAAAUUGAAGAAGAAGUUGCUACGAACGUUAGUUUUUAUAGAGAAGAAGCUCUAGAAGAUAACCCUGCAUUGAUGAGGAAGCGACAUUUGAAUUCAACUGAAAUAGAAGUUAAUCAGAAUACAACAAUCACAUUCAAAGAUGUGUGUAUGAAUUGGUAUGGGGAUUGUUAUAGAGAGAAAAAUGUAAUUGAAUUGCUGAAAAGAAGACACGAACUCAAUAAGAGAGGAAUAUCAGUUACAUUUCCCCAAGUGAACCAAGAAGGAACCCCAAUUUACAUCGCUUUUGUGAUUGGAGGUGUUGAUACCUAUCCAAAUGAUACUAUAAAAUAUGCCAGAGCAAUGCGUCUCUGGUAUUUCUUGAAAUUCGACGAUGAAGAACAAGAACAGCUCGCAAAAUAUUGGGAGGAUACAGCUGAGAAGUUCGUUCGAGAGACAUACGAGGAUCAUCCAACAAUCCAAUGUCAUAUAAAACACUCAAGAAUUGUUGAUCAGGGAUUGACUCGAAACGCGAAUCGACUAAAGCCAUAUUUCAAUGUGACUAUUGCUGUUCUCGUUUUAUUCACUGCUUUCUAUUCUGUCAAAUGGUACUUCCGAACUGAUCAUUGUUGGCCACUUCAUAUCGAUUGGCUUCGUUCCAAGCCAAUGCUCGCAUUGGGAGGUGUUUUAUCUUCUGUUCUCGCUAUUUUGAGUGGUAUCGGUUUGCUCUUGUGGUUUGGCAUGUUCUUCGCUGAGAUUACACUUAUUGCUCCAUUUCUGGUUCUUUGUAAGUUGUUUUCAAAAUCUUUUUAUCACACUUUCAAAUUUUCAGCUAUUGGAGUAGAUGACAUGUUUAUCGCAGUAGCUGCGUGGCAUAAUACAGAAAUGAAAUAUCCUGGUCGAAGUCCAAAAGUAAUGAAAAAGAGAAUGGUAGAAGCAAUGUCAGAGUCAGCAGUAGCCAUUUUUAUCACAUCAUUUACCGAUGUUCUCUCUUUUGGAGUCGGUACUAUCACUGAUAUUAUUGCUGUUCAAGGAUUCUGCGCUAUGACAGCUGCAUGCAUGUUUUUCACUUUCCUCUAUCAAAUUACUUUUUUCGCAGCCCUUAUGGUUAUUUCUGCUAAAGCUCAAAUGUCUGGAAGGAAUUCUUGUAUGCCUUGUAUGACGGCUGACGACAUCUACACAAUCGAAGAUGGUUCGUUACAACCAAAUCUGAAGAAAAAAUCGAAGAGUCGAAAAGAUGCAAAAGAAGAAAAGCCAUCAGAGAAGAACAUGGAAAUUGCUGAGAGUGAGAUCGCCGAGAAAAGAUCUUACGACUCUUCACCAGACCCAUCACAGAUUCAUAUUCCUGUCAAAAGUCGAGGUGCUAUGGGACAUUUCUUCCGGGAUUACUACGUUCCUUGGCUUCUCAACUGGAAAACCAAACUAUUCAUGUUCCUUGUGUUCAUUGUUUACUUGGGAACUGCAAUUUAUGGAAUUUGUGUUAUGGAACAAGGUCUUGAUUAUGAUAAAUUGCUGCUUCAUUCCGAUCCAUUAGUAGAAGCAUUAAAAAGAGAAAUCGAUCUGUUCCAUGGAGGAGAUCAAAUUGAAAUUGCCAUUCAAAAUUGUCCAAAUUUGACGAUUCCCGAGAAUCGAGACAGAAUCGAGAUGAUUGCACAGGAAUUUGAAAAUAUUUCUUAUUCUCUCGGCGGAAAGGGUACAUCGUUCUGGAUGAGGGAGUAUAAGAAAUACAGUAAUCUAACUGGAUCUUAUCUGAAUGAUAAUAGAGAUAGUUGGAUCGUCGGAGUCUACGAAUGGAGUCAGUUGUUUGCGUUUUACAAAUUAUGGUCUCAAGAUUUUGUCUGGGCGAAUGAAGCGGAUUACGAUACUUUGGAGCUAAAAUCGUAUCGAUUCCGUAUUGGAGUGCAUCGAUUGUCGACACCAACUGAUUUAGUGUUGAUUACAGAAGAGCUCCGAGGAGUUGCCGAUCGUCACCCAGAUUUAGAUAUCGUCACCUAUCAGCAAAGUAGAGCUAUCGCUGACCAGCUGAAUGUAAUUCUGAGUUCAACUAUCACCAAUGAUACAUUGGCGAUGUUCUGUAUGUUUUGCGUUGCUCUCAUUUUCAUCCCAAAUCCAAUCUGCGCACUUUUCAUUACAUUGGCAAUGGUUACAAUUGAUAUUGGUGUAAUUGGAUUUUUAUCACUUUGGAGUGUGAAAUUGGAUCCUAUUUCCAUGAUUACCAUCAUUAUGUCAAUUGGAUUCUCCAUCGAAUUCUCUGCUCACAUCACCCAUGGAUUCGUUAGCAAUGAGAACAAUCUUUCCGCUUUUGACAGAUGUGUGGAUGCUAUGGAGAAACUUGCAUGGCCAGUGGUUCAUGGAAGUUUAUCCACAAUUCUCGGAGUAUUUGUUCUUGCUUUCAUCGAUUCCUACAUGGUCCUUGUUUUCUUCAAAACCAUUUCUCUGGUUCUAAUGAUCGGUGCUUGGCAUGCUCUGAUGCUUCUUCCAAUCCUUCUCUCAAUAUGUAUUCCUGUCAUCGAACGACUUUCCGAUGCUUCGAAAAAAGCUUCCGAUCGUCGGAGAAAACAAAAAGAAAACAAAAACAGUAUAUAUGCAAUCAAUUUGCCAGUUAAUGUGUCUUCAUAA